UUUUCUGGCACAGAGAGGCACAGAGCAGCAAAUCAGGCGACAAAAAAGUUUUGCGAUUCGAUUCGGCUGGGCGCAAAAAGUGCGACGCUUCUCGUUAGUUUCGGAAAUUUCCUCCAGUUUUCGUUCCGGUGCGUUCCAUUUCGAGUGCAAAGUGACCGGCCAGUUCCGCGGAACAUUGCGAGACCGGAAGUUGUGGUGAAAUCGUCCGAUUUGGGAAGUUUUCGGGUGGUUUACUGCGGCGGCGACGGCGCCUCUUGGUAAACAAAAGAAAGAAGCGUGCAUCAAUCAACAAAAAAAAAAGCAGAACCGCUGAGAGUGGUGCUCCGCCCUCGCGCUCUGAUUGAUGUUGAUUUUGGUUGGUGGAGGCGCGCGCGAAUGUGUUCUUGAUUCGGGUUCGUCGCCGCGAGGAUGAAAGAGUGGUCUGAUCUGUUGCGGGAAAUCAAAAAGUUCAGCGACCACGACGACGCGAUGGAGUUCGGAGAGGACUUUGCCAAGCUGCAGAUGAUCUUUAACCACACGAACCAGUUCGUGCGGAAUUUCGACAAGAUUGUUUUCCACGGCGGCAAUGAGCCGUUCAUUAUUGAGAUUGUGGCGCGGCUGGUGAAGUAUUUGCGGAUCCGGCGGUAUUUGAACGAGGAUAAUAAACCGGUGCCGGAGUGUAAGGAUCAGCUGAGGAAGAUUACGCUGUUUAUGGUGCUGAAUACGGACGUGAGUUUCAAGUAUGAUCUGGGGAAGGAUACGAAGUUGUGUCACCUGUUGAACACAAUUCCGCAGCUGACGAAGUGUUUGCUGAUCAAUUGCAUUUGGGGAGCGAGCUUGGAUGAGUAUUUCUACGAGGUGCUGUCGUACACGCCGCAGUGGUUCAUGAUGCAGUUCGUGGACCAGGCGGUGACCAGUUUGAAGUUCUCGAAGCCGUACGAGAUUCUGGGCCGGGUGGAGGCCAUGGUCAAGGCGAUCUAUUACAGCAUCUGUCGGACGGACGCGGAUUGGAAGAAGAUCGACCGGAAUCGGUUUGUGGAGCAGCAGCGGACAUUGGGCAAGCUGUUUGAUUUUCUGAUGGAGUUUUUGAGGUACUUUAACACGCCAGAUAUGAGCAAGUUCGAGCGUUGGACCAAGCUGAGUAUGCAUAAGUAUCACGGAUUUGCGUUGAAGCACAUGUUCGGAAUUGUUCUGUAUUGCUUGGACAUGUACCUGAACAAGAGUCUGUUCAAGAUAGACGAGAAAAUGGGAAUCUACCAAAUCAUGGGCGAGGAGCACCUCCCGAAAAAGGAGAUUCCGGAACAGUACUCCCACGGAGCGGACGGCUAUCUGAUGAAGAUCAACAACUGCCUGCUGAACACGCUGCAGACCUGCGUCAUGGAAGUAACCAUCGACGGGUUCAUGUACUGGGUCGAGAUCGAAAUCAUCGUUGGGGACCGAGGGGAGAAGAUGUCCCUGCAGCAGUUCAUCGGCGAAUCCGCCUUCAAACUGUGCGAAAUGCUCAAAGACAACAAAGUCCUUCAGCACAACGUUCUGAAACAGCUGCCGGCCAUUUCGUUACGGCCAAAGUCCCAAGCGGAAAAGGCCAUGGAGCUGUCCAUGCGAGAUCUGAUGGAGAAGUUGGAAUCCUGUCGAGAAGUGUUCGAGCGCAAGCUGUUCUUCAACGAAUUCCUCCGUCGGGGAGCGCAAGUCUUUGGCAAUGCCGAGUGCCUGGAACUCAUCGAGCAAAACAUGGACCUCAUCUCCGGGGACAACGUCCGGAAGCUGAUCGAGUACGACAACAGACCGCUCGAACAGGAAGAAAUGGAAUCGGAUGAACCUGCGGAAGAAGCCGUCAAGUUACGACAGCUGAUCCUCAAAUCCGUCGACUAUCUGCUCCUGGAGGAAGCCAAUUCCCUGAUCAAGUUCAUGAUCGCCACGUACGGCCUCGAAUAUGACCGCUACCGGACUCCCACCCUAGUCGAAGAGAUCAUCGAAUAUACCAAUCGCUUCAACUCCGCCUCCCUUCAACUGGGAGCCGCCACCGACGACUCCGACAUCCCCUUCCGCCUGAUCUUCCAGUGUCCCUCCCUGUUCUACCAACGCCUCACCCGGUCCCUCUACGACUCAAGCUUCAACAACGCCAACUACAUCUACGCCAUCACCCAGGUCAUCGCCAAAACCAAAUCCCUGGCGGUGCCCUAUCUGAGCGCCCAGGUCCGCUCCCUCCUGUCCGACAAGUUCGAAAUCACCAAAUCCAACUCCCUGUCCUUAUUUGUACUCAAACUGUACAACCUGGACCUCUUCGAGCGGAACCACUUCCUCCAGGGCUACCUCCUUCAGGGCGCCGACGAAGCCUUCCGCACCGGAAACUUCAUCGCCCUCACGGAAGUGCUCGGCCUGAUGCACCUCGUGGUCGACAAGAAUCUCCACUGCUU